GCACGGCGAGUGAGGAGUACGCGAGGAGCUGAGUGACUUCCGGGUAUAGGCUGCACAUGUUGGAUAAGCGGCGCUGUCAGUGGAGUGAGGAUCUGGCACAAUGGGACCUGUAAGCUUAGAAAAAAUAAUUGCACUUCAGAAGAAGGCUGAUCACAUUCGGAAUAUCUGUAUAUUAGCUCAUGUUGAUCAUGGAAAAACUACAUUAGCAGACUCUCUCAUAUCCAGCAAUGGGAUCAUCUCUAACAGACUAGCUGGAAAGUUACGUUAUUUGGACAGUCGCGAAGAUGAGCAGAUACGAGGAAUCACCAUGAAAUCCAGCGCCAUCUCCCUGCAGUAUAACUUCGGAGAUGAAGAAUAUCUUAUAAACCUCAUAGAUUCUCCUGGACAUGUUGAUUUUUCAUCAGAAGUUUCCACUGCUGUGCGUCUGUGUGAUGGUGCGAUUAUUGUGCUGGAUGCAGUGGAAGGUGUGUGUCCUCAGACCCAGGCAGUAUUACGACAAGCCUGGCUGGAGAAUAUAAAGCCUGUUCUGGUAAUCAAUAAGAUUGAUAGACUGAUAGUGGAACUGAAAAUGUCGUCCCAAGAAGCAUAUGCCCAUCUUCAAAAAAUACUGGAGCAGGUAAAUGCCGUGACAGGAGGCCUGUUCACCUCCAGGGUCCUGGAAGAAAGAGCAGAGAAAGACACAAGAGCAGAAAAAGACACACCAACAGAGAUAACAGAAGGGGAUCAGGUGUAUGACUGGAGCGCAGGCUUAGAAAAGACGGAUGACUCCCACCUCUAUUUCUCUCCAGACCAGGGCAAUGUGGUGUUUGCCAGUGCCAUUGAUGGAUGGGGGUUUACAAUUGAUCAGUUUGCACAGCUAUACAGCCAGAAAGUGGGCAUUAAAUCUGCCGUAUUGCUGAAGACACUUUGGGGAGAUUUCUAUCUGAAUUCCAAAGCCAAGAAGAUCAUGAAGGGAGCCCAGAGCAAAGGGAAGAAACCUUUAUUUGUGCAGCUCAUAUUGGAUAACAUUUGGAGUUUGUAUGAUGCUAUCAUGAAGAGGGAGAAAGAGAAAAUAGACAAAAUAGUUCAAUCGCUGGGUUUGAAAAUCAACCCUCGUGAAUCGCGGCACAGUGAUCCGAAAGUCCACGUGAACGCAAUCUACAGUCAGUGGCUUCCCGUUUCUCAGGCAGUGCUAUCUAUGGUGUGCAGUAAGCUUCCCAGCCCCCUAGACAUCUCCGCAGAAAGAGUGGAAAAGCUCCUGUGUCCAGUCUCUCGGCGCUUUGAUUCUCUGCCCCCCCAGACACAACAGCUUAAAGAUGCCUUUUUGCAGUGCUGCAGUGAGGAAACUGCUCCGGUGAUUAUCUUUGUUUCGAAAAUGUUUGCGGUCGAUGGAAAAGCUUUACCCCAGAACAAGCAAAGGCCAUUAACUCAGGAAGAAAUUGCACUCAGAAGAGAGAUUGCAAGACAGAGGCAUGCUGAAAGGAUGGCAAUCAAUCAGGAACAGGCUCCCUCCAGCAGUGAAUGCCAAGCGACUGCAGACAGUGAGAACACUAAAGGUGAUGCACUUGUGAAGGAAGAGGAGAAUUUAGUUCAAAAGCCAGAAAAGAAAGAUGUUGAGAAUAAAAGUUAUUUUAUUGCUUUUGCUCGAGUAUUCAGUGGUGUAGUACGCAAAGGACAAAGGAUAUUUGUUUUGGGACCAAAAUAUGAUCCAACACAAGCACUGCCUAAGCUACCAUCUGAGUGUUCCUUCUCUGCUGACAUCUCUGCCAUCCCUCACAUGGCUUGCUGCACUUUAGACAACUUGUAUCUACUUAUGGGUCGUGAGCUAGCAGACCUGGAUGAAGUACCCGCUGGCAAUGUUUUGGGCAUCAGAGGCUUGGAAGAAUUUGUCUUCAAGUCUGCAACAUUGUCCACAUCGCCAGCAUGUCCUCCAUUCAUUCCUCUCAGCUUUGAAGCCACACCAAUUGUCCGAGUUGCUGUAGAACCAAAAUAUGCAAGUGAGAUGCCACAACUGGUGAGAGGAAUGAAGCUUUUAAAUCAAGCAGAUCCCUGUGUUGAAGUCCUGAUCCAGGAAACAGGAGAACAUGUACUUAUUACAGCAGGAGAGGUUCACUUGCAGCGCUGUCUGGAUGACUUAAGAGAAAGGUUUGCAAAAAUUCAGGUGAUUGCAUCAGCCCCAAUUAUUCCUUUUCGGGAAACUAUAAUCAGGCCACCAAAAGUAGACAUGGUAAAUGAAGACAUGGGAAAGCAGCACAAAGUGGCCGUUAUACACCAGUUAAAAGAAGUGCAAAGUAAGGUACCAGAGGGAGUCCAGAUUGAUGCUGAUGGCUUUGUGUUUGUAACCACACCAAAUAAAAUGGCCACUCUAUGUGUCAGAGCAAUGCCACUUCCAGAAGAGGUCACCCAUCUACUAGAGAAAAACAGUGAUUUAAUUCGAACCAUGGAGCAGAUUAACUUGGCUAUGAAUGAAGGCAGCAAUGCUAGUGUAAAUGAUACAACAAUUAGCAGAAUUAAAGAAUUCAAAAGUCAACUUGAGCAGCAUUUACAAGGCCGAAGGUGGAGAAAUGCCGUGGACCAGAUGUGGUCAUUUGGUCCUCGACGCUAUGGGCCAAACAUUUUGUUAAAUCGCAUUGAAGGUUAUGAAACUCCAUCUGUCUGGCAAUGCCUUGAAAAAGUAUCAAAGCAAUGUAUGUAUCGGAACUUUGAUAAUAGUAUUGUUAGUGGAUUUCAGCUUGCAACCCUAGCUGGACCUAUGUGCGAAGAACCUUUAAUGGGUGUCUGUUUCAUUGUGGAGAGACUCGAUAUGUGUGAAUCUAUGGUUCUAGAAAAGCGAGGAUCAGAAGACAAAAUACUAGCAGAAGCUGAAGAAACAUCAAAUGUUGGAUCUACCAGUGAUGCUACAAAAACAACUUCCGAUGAAAAAGAAAUCAUAGAAGACAGCCAGGAGGGUUCAAAAGCUCUAGACAAGUCUAAUAAAUGGAAAGAUUUAUUGAACCCUGAUUGUUAUGGGCCAAUUUCUGGACAGUUAAUUGCCACGAUGAAGGAAGCGUGUCGUUAUGCUUUCCAAGUCAAACCCCAAAGGCUUUUGGCUGCAAUGUACACCUGUGAAAUCAUGGCCACAGCAGAAGUCUUGGGUCGUAUGUAUGGUGUCCUGUCAAAGAGAGAAGGUCGUGUCCUGUUGGAGGAGAUGAAAGAAGGAACAGACAUGUUCGCUAUCAAGGCUGUGCUGCCCGUGGCUGAAAGCUUUGGCUUUGCUGAUGAAAUAAGAAAAAGGACAAGUGGCCUGGCCAGCCCCCAGCUGGUGUUCAGUCACUGGGAGGUCAUUCCUGGUGACCCAUUUUGGGUACCCACCACAGAGGAGGAAUACUUACACUUUGGAGAAAAGGCAGAUUCUGAAAACCAGGCCAGGAAGUACAUGAAUUCUGUGAGGAAACGUAAAGGCCUGUAUGUGGUAGAGAAGAUUGUGGAACAUGCCGAGAAGCAGAGAACUCUGAGCAAGAACAAAUAACUAUUUUCAGCUCCUUCAUUUCUUUCUAGAAUCAUUAUGGCAAAUGUGCUGCCGGUUAGGUUUUCAGAGACAUAUGAAGUGGAUUUUAAUAAAUGUAACUGAUGAGAAAAUUGACUCCUGGUGUUCCAUUUCCCUAAAUAACUCUUGUGAAUUCUUUGUGUAGGCUGCUUCUUGCGGCAGUAUUAGAAGGCUUCUGAGACUGCAA